AUAUUGGUGGGCUAUAUGACGUUGGGCCAACGUAGCAAAUACGACCUAGUACCGCUACAUCCGGGUAAAAAAAAUUGCAUGCGUGCGCAUGCCCAUGUGCUCAUGCAAUUGCAACGUACGUCAGCCAUAUCCUGUCCAUUUGUCUGGAUCAGUUGCCGGGGAGUACCAACACUGCAUGAUUCCUCUACCCGUUCAGAUCCAGCUACCCCUACCUCGAUCAUUCAGAACAGCAUCAACAGCACCAAGGACCCCUUCGACAUCGACCCCAUCAACCUCCAGAACACUGUCGACCCCAACGACCCCAUUGACCUCAACAUUCAGAAAUAUGGAUGUCGAAGUUGUACCACCACAAGCUAGACAAGAUUUUGAUUCCGACUAACCCAUUCUUUAAAGGUCCAUUAUGUUAGGA